ACAAAUGGCAGAGUUCUUCCCACAGCACUACAACCUUCAAUCGCCCCUUGAGCGAUCAUCGCUCUACUAUCAAUGAGCGUCAGCGUUCAUACAAUAACGUGUAAACAAUGCAACAUAGCCGUCGGAUGCUUAAAUGGCGUGACGCACAACAAAAAGUGUUGAUCUGCUUUCUACGAACUUGAUGAGUCACCCUACUGCUUUGUACGUCGACGCUGGCAUUCAGGCAUCUAAGUACUCCAAUGUCGGAACGUUUGCUGUUUUAAUUUUUGACUAUUUCAUUACCCUAGAGGCAGAGUCACUGUGGGUCUGGCACCGCAAAUGGACAUUUGUGCGAUUUAUAUUCACUGUAUCACGAUACUUGCCAUUUUUUGGCAUUGGGAUGACAUUCAUCGCUGCGCUUCGAACACAAUACUAUCCUGGUGAAAGCUGUGUUAGGUUUGGGCAAGCGUCAAACAUGUUGCAUAUCAUCUGCAUUGUAGCCGCAGAGGGCUUGCUAAUAACGAGGAUUUAUGCUUCCUGGAAGAGUAAGCGUCUACUGACAUUCCUUUUGGUUUUUCCCGUCGUUUGUCUCGUGAUCUCUUACAUCCUAUCGCACCCUCCCUUAGUAGUUUUUGAUUACGAAAACGCGUCCCCGAUUAAUAUACCGGACCCGGCCAGGUGUCUUCUCUCGGGUGGGAGGGGUGGUGUCUUCGAGUACGCCGCUCUGUUACUCUAUGAACUAGUCCUCUUGUGCUUGAUGUUUGUACAUCAGAUUCAGCAAGUACAGCGAUACCAUCGGACCCUUCCAAGAAACGUAUUUCAGCGACUCGCUGAGAUAUAUGAUAUGUAUCAUGGUCAUGUCUUCGUUCAGCAUAAUUUUGACCAUGGCUCCCCCGCUCACGUGGGUUUCAAUCACAGACUCUCCGCAAGUUGUCGUCCACAGUGUUCUAGCCUCUCGGAUCCUAUUUAACCUACGAGCAAGUGAAGGACGAUUGCAAACCGACACAACAUUGAUGGAUGUAUCUGAGGUGCAAUUUGAAAUUGGAGGACUUGAUGUUUAAUGCACGCAGUGCAGGGCUGGUCCUACUGUUCAGACCGAAAGCUGCAACUUUGGGGU